AUGCAGCCUUUGUCAAAUACAAUCUGGAGUGGGAGCCACAUCCGCUGGGGUCAGCCCUUCCGACUACGGCACCUGACCACCGGUCACUACCUGGCCCUGACCGAGGACCGGGGCCUGGUGCUCCAGGACCGGGAGAGAUCUGACACCGUGGCCACAGCCUUCUGCUUCAGAGCAUCCAAGGAGAAGCUGGAGCAGAGCCCCAAGCGGGACAUCGAGGGGAUGGGGGUGGCGGAGAUUAAAUACGGAGACUCGCUCUGCUUCAUCAUGCACGUGGCCACAGGUCUCUGGCUCUCCUACCAGGCGCCGGAUGUCAAAUCUGCUCGUCUGGGUCCCCUCAAGAGGAGAGCGUGCCUACACUCUGAAGGUCACAUGGAUGAUGGUUUGACCCUCCAGCGAUGUCAACACGAAGAGUCCCGUGCCGCACGAAUCAUCCGCAACACCACUCUACUCUUUAAUCGCUUCAUCAGAGACCUGGACUGUCUGGGUGUUAAGAAUAGGGCACUGGUCGCCCUGCCCGUCGAGGAGGUGCUCCAAACUCUCAAUGACCUCAUCACCUAUUUCCAGCUCCCUGAUGCCGAGCUGGAGCACGAAGAGAGGCAGAUAAAGCUGCGCUCCCUCAAGAACAGGCAGAAUCUCUUCAAACAAGAAGGGAUGCUGACUCUGGUGUCCAACUGCAUCGAUCGUCUAAACGUCUACAACAGCGCGGCCCACUUCGGGGAGUGCGCCGGGUCGGAGGCCGGAGCAGCCUGGAAAGACAUUCUCAACUUGCUGUAUGAACUGCUGGCGGCUUUAAUCCGAGGGAACCGGAACAACUGCACCCAGUUCUCCAACAACCUGGACUGGCUGGUGAGCAAGCUGGAGAGACUGGAGUCGUCUUCAGGCAUCCUGGAAGUUCUGCACUGCAUUUUAAUUGAGAGCCCCGAGGCACUCAAUAUCAUCCAGAGAGGACACAUUAAGUCCAUCAUAUCGCUGCUCUACAAGCAUGGACGCAACCACAAGAUUCUGGAUGUGCUCUGCUCGCUGUGUGUGUGUAAUGGCGUGGCGGUGCGAACCAAUCAGAACCUCAUCUGCGAUCACUUGCUGCCCAAGAGAGAUCUGCUGUUGCAGACGCAGCUGGUGAACGAUGUCCAGAGUAUGCGACCGAACAUCUUCCUGGGGGUGAGCGAGGGCUCGGCUCAGUACAAGAAGUGGUACUAUGAGCUGAUGAUCGACCAGGUGGACCACUUUGUGACCAGCGAGCCCUCCCACCUGAGGGUGGGCUGGGCCAACACCAAAGGAUACGCACCCUACCCUGGAGGAGGAGAGGGCUGGGGGGGCAACGGAGUCGGGGACGAUCUCUACUCGUACGGCUUCGACGGACUCCACCUCUGGUCAGGUCGUAUCCCACGGGCGGUUGCAUCCAUGAACCAGCACAUCCUGACCUCAGAGGAUGUGGUGAGCUGCUGUCUGGACCUGGGAGCGCCCAGCAUCUCUUUCAGGAUCAACGGACAGCCCGUCCAGGGCAUGUUCGAAAAUUUCAACACAGACGGGCUUUUCUUCCCCGUCGUCAGCUUCUCCGCGGGGGUCAAGGGGCGAUUCCUGUUGGGUGGUCGACAUGGCGACUUCAAGUUCCUGCCUCCGUCGAGUUACGCUCCGUGUUACGAGGCCCUGCUGCCCAAAGAGAAGAUGAAGGUGGAGCCGGUGAAGGAGUACAAGAGAGACGCAGACGGGGUCCGAGAUCUGCUGGGCACCACCCAGUUCAUGUCGCAGGCCUCCUUCAUCCCCGCGCCUGUGGAAACCAGCCAGAUUGUCAUGCCGCCUCAUUUGGAGAAGGUUCGGGACAAGCUGGCUGAGAACAUCCACGAACUGUGGGGCAUGAAUAAGAUUGAGCUGGGCUGGUCGUACGGCAAG